AUGGCAUCCUGCUGCGGCCGUCGAAAGGCCCGACGCGGGGCCGACUCGGAGCCGCUGCUGCCCCGCUACGAAGAUGAAACGGCUCGCCAGCGUCAAUUGCACCAGAAGCUGCACUCGUAUCAGGUCUUCCGCGCCCUCUCGGAGGGAUAUUUGCCGUCGACGGAGCAGGCCAUCGCCAACCUCCGCACGUUGCUGGCGUCCGAUGUGCUCAAUCCCCGCAGCGAGGAUCUCAGCGAGUCCGGGCGCCUGCUCUCCCGGGACGUGAAGCUCUGGCUGCGCUGCGUCAUCGAACUGCUCCAGGAGAAGAACAGUCAGGAUCAAUUGCAGGAGUUCCUGUGGCAUCUCUUCCGAUCCAGAGCCUCGUUGGAUACAUCCGAGCUGGUCAAUCAGGCUUCCUACGCUAAGGCGAAGGCGGACACCAAGGCCGGUGAGCGACUAGCUAAGCCCUACGGUUCUACCCCAACAUUGAGCUCCACCUCCCCAGACAGAGCGGGCGCGGACGAGGGGCAAUGCCCUACGGAGGAUGAUCUCCGUCAAAAAGCUACCGACAUUCCUGCCGCCGCGGAACAAGGCAUCUCCCAGGCAGGCCAUCAGGCCGUGAGGAGCGCAUGGAGAAACCUCUCCGGGGAUCAGAGAGAUGCUCUGCUUUACCGGUUGAAGCAGACCAUUUUGAACCUUCGCACGCGGACCGACUAUUCAGACGCAGUCUCGACGCUCUCGCGUCUCGUCCAGCGCUAUGGAAAACUGUACGCCAAUGCGGCCGAAAACACGCUCAGUGCGGUGAAUGAGGAUGUCGACGUCAAUGCGGACCUCCGCGAAGCCGUGGACCGCUUCUGGGCACUGGUGCGAUCGUUUGGAAACCCCAAGGAGUGGGAGCUGCUGGAGGAGAGAUUUCAUGGCGUGAUGAGUCAUGCCCACAAGGACCCGGAGUUCGAGCGACUGGUGUCGGAGAUUGGGGCCUCCCUCCAGGAGAUGUUGACGGAUCCGAGCUUCUUUGACUCGGCCUCGGAGCGUCUGGACGAGCUGAAAGAUAAGUCGAAAGCGCUCGGGUCUGAAACCGCUCUGCGUCACGACGUCGAUGCCUUUCUGCAGCAGAUCCGACGAACAUUGAAAACCAUACCCGACGACCCAGCGGUGGCCAAGGUGGUUGCGGCGUCGAAGAAGAUCUACGACGAUUUGUGGGGCGCCUACAACAACAAGACGAGCAGCCUCGUCGCCGACGUGGCCCAUGUCUUCCUCCCGCUGCUGAUUCGUAGCAUCCAGCACAUCCCCAUUCCGCGGCUGGAAAUCUCCGUGCCGGAGAUGGACCUGUUGGUGGAGAAUCUGGUGCUCGAGCCCGGGCGGACUGUUCACAGCUCGUCGUUUUUCCCGUACAAGAUCCGGGUCACUUCGCGCACCGACAUGGAGCUAGCCAAGGUGCAUUCGAAAAGGGCAAAGACGGACCUGAAGACGAUCGUGACUGUAUCCGUCUCGGGACUGAACAUCAGCGCGUCCGAGUUCGGCUACUGGCUCCGCGCACAUAGCGGUCCUCUCUUCCGCUUCAAGGACGAAGGCAUCGCGAGCUUCUACCUCGACCAACGCGGUAUCGACAUCUCGGUGGAUCUCGAGAUCGGACGGGAGCGCCUCGCGUCGCUGAUCGUACUUCGCGGGGUCCGAGUGCACAUCCACAAACUGGAGUACCAAGUCCAGCGCAGCAAGUGGAAGUUUCUCCUCUGGAUCGUCAAGCCGUUCCUCAAACAGCUCGUGCGCCGGGUGUUGGAGAAGAAGAUUGCCGAGCAAGUCGUCGUCGCGCUGACGACGCUCAACCGCGAGCUCGUCUUUGCCAGGGAGCGGCUGCGGGCCGUCCGAAUCGCCAACCCGCAGGAUCUGUCGACGUUUAUUCGGGCCGUGCUGGCACGGCCGAAAUCGUGGCCCGAUCCGAAUGUCUACAAACGGAUGGGAUUUAGUCCGCCGGACCGCGGCAUCUUUAAAGGGAUCUAUGCGCCGGGCAGCAUCGUGAAGGUGUGGAAGGAGGAGGCGAGACGGGCACAGGAAGCCAUUGAACGGGGGGAUGAGAGUGGUGGUCUCCAUCUGACGUGGCGGAAUGAAGUUUUUGAUGUGACGGCGACGAGAUGCUAG